GAUCCGGAGCACGUCUGCUGCCGGUGCGGCGAGCCGUACGCGUCGCCGCGCGUCCUCUCCUGCCUCCACGUCUUCUGCGAGGCGUGCGUCUCGCGUCUCGCCGCCGCCGCCUCCGACGACGCCGACGCCUCGAUCGUCUGCCCCGAGUGCGCGCAGGAAACGCGUCUUCUGCAGCGGAAGGGAGGCGGGGCGCCCGCGCUCUCGCUCUGCCACGACUACGUGCUGCAGAACAUGAUGGACAUGCGCGCGAUCGCCCGCGCGCAGAUCGACUGCACGAGCUGCAAGGCUCGCGAGAAGGCGGUGGCGCGCUGCAGCGACUGUGCCAACUUCCUCUGCCCGAACUGCGUCACGGCGCACCAGUACAUGCGCUGCUUCGAGAAUCAUACAGUUGUCUCGUUCGAGGACAUAAUCAAGGGCGAUGACGAGGUCAACAUACACAAGCCAAUAUUCUGCACGACUCACCCGUCCGAGCCGAUGAAGUACUACUGCAACACCUGCCAGGUGCCGAUCUGCAGCGAGUGCAUGAUGACGGGGCACAAGCAGCCGAGCCACGACCACGAGCGCAUAGCGGACUGCGAGUUCAGGCAUAGAGACGAGCUGAAGGGCCUCGUAGCCGAGACACAGGGCAAGAGGGCGUUCUGCGAGGAGGCGACGACGUUUCUCGAGGGCAAGCUGUCCGACCUUCAGCAGCAGUACGAGAGCGCGCGCGGCCUCAUCGACGAAACGCUGCAGAGCUACCGCGCCGUGCUGCAGCGUUGCCACGACGACGCCGUCGAGCGUCUGGCCGACGCGCACAGACGCCGAGAGCUCGCCAUCAUGGAGAUGUGCAACGAUGUCGACAACACGGCGCAGAAGAUAGAGCAGGGAUCAAAGUUCACGGAGCGUCUGCUGCGUCACGGCAACAGCGUCGAGGUGAUGUCGCUGAAGCGGCUGGUCGGCGACCAGCUUCUUUACAUCAUCAACAACACGCCGAAUCCGGACAUGGACGUCGAGCUGAGAUUCGUCACCAACCCCGACGCGUUCAGACACGCCGUCGAAAGCAAGUUCGGCUACCUGGAGCCGGUGAAGGGAGAGACGAACGUGGCGGCGGCGGCGGCCCCCGACGCGGCGCCGGAUCAGUCCCCUCCCCCCGCCCAGUUGAGGAGGCUCACGAAGAGGGACCUCGCCCCCGGAGGCAGCAUCGGCGGCGGAGGAGAUGCGGUUGCCAUGGUGCCCGUGUCCAUCGCGUCGAGGGUGAGUGUUGGUGGUCAGCUGACCGUGAACGGUCAGGUCGUCGCCGACCUCUCCGUCAACAACAUGGCGGGUCUGUCGCAGCUGCUAGGCGGUGCCGCCGCCGCGGGCCAGCACAACCUGCAGGGUCUGCCGCCCGAUCUGCUCAACCUGCUCAACUCCGUCAACGCAGCCGCCGGCGUCGGCAGUACGGGGAGCAGCGACGCGGGAAGCAUAGUGUCACAUCGCCACGGAAACAACAACAACAACGACGCGCGCACUCACCUUGAAGUCGCAGACGACAUAGCUACACCGUCACAUCGUCCGUGGCGACGGCGCGCUGAGUUCAAGUAUCAGUUCGGCAUCCCCGGCAGAGAGGAGGGCCAGCUGUGGUACCCGCGCAAGGUGGCGGUCAUCCGCACGUCGGGCAAGUUCGUCGUCUGCGACCGCGGCAACGAGCGCUCGCGCAUGCAGAUCUUCACGAAGAACGGCCACUUCAUCAAGAAGAUCGCGAUCCGCUACAUCGACAUCGUCGCCGGCCUCGCGAUCACGCACCAGGGCCACGUCGUCGCCGUCGACAGCGUGUCGCCGACCGUGUUCCGCAUCUCAGAGUCCGGAGACCUGCUGAAGUGGUUUGACUGCAGCGACUACAUGCGCGAGCCGUCCGACAUUGCGAUCAGCGGCAAGAACUACUUCGUCUGCGACUUCAAGGGUCACUGCGUCGUGGAGUUUGACGAGGAGGGUCACUUCCUGCGCCGCAUCGGCUGCGAGAACAUCACCUGCUUCCCGAACGGCAUCGAUAUCAGCGACGCGGGCGACGUGCUCGUCGGCGACUCCCACGGCAACCGCUUCCACGUCGCCGUGUUCCAGCGCGACGGCUCGCUGCUGUCGGAGUUCGAGUGUCCGUACGUGAAGGUCAGCCGCUGCUGCGGCCUCAAGAUCACGUCCGAGGGCUACAUCGUCACGCUGGCGAAGAACAACCACCACGUGCUGGUGCUGAACACCCUGUACAUCAUGUAGGAGCGCUGAGGUAAGCC